AUGGCCGAGUUCGCCUACAACAAUAGUUAUCAAGCUAGUAUAGGAAUGGCCCCGUUUGAAGCUCUCUACGGGAGGAAGUGUCGUUCCCCUAUACACUGGAGCGAGGUGGACGAGCGGAUAGCCUUGGGCCUCAAUGUGUUGCGAGAGGUGGAAGAGAAGGUCCGCCUUGCUCGCCGAAGGAUGUUUACGGCGCAAGCUAGGCAGAAGAAUUAUGCGGAUCGGCGUCGGAGAGACCUUGAGUUCGCGGUUGGAGACCGCGUCUUCUUAAAAGUUUCGCCUAUGAUGGCAUUGCCGCCCGAGCUUGCAGAAGUUCAUAGUGCAUUCCACAUUUCAAAUAUCUGCAAAUACGUUCACGAUCCCGAGCAUGUGCUCUUGUUCGAACCGCCCGAGCUUCAAGAGAAUAUGACUUAUGAGGAGUUCCCGGUGCGCAUCAUUGCUCAUGAGGUGAGGAAGCUGCGGAACCGUGAGAUUUCAUAUGUCAAAGUCCAAUGGAGCAACCAUGAUGAUCGGGAGGCUACUUGGGAGCUCGAGGAGGCGAUGAGAAAGCACCAUCCUCAUCUUUUCUAG